AUGAGACGAACUCUGCUAAAAAAUGUUUCUCUCCUUACGCGUAACCUUCUGCAUAAUCCAAACCCUAAUCCAUCAAUCAUUCCACUCGCUGCUUCCACUCGGUCUCCACUCAGACUCUGCUCGUCCGACUCAAACGACUCCUCUAAUGACCAAAACCUCCCUGCCCCUGCUGCUGAAUCCACGUUGGCAGCUCAAACCCAGGAGAAGGACGUGUCUCUCGAUUUUCAGGAUGUGGGUAACAAAGAGCUGAAAAUGCGGAUAGAGAAGUAUUUUAAAGGCGAUGAAGAAGCGUUGCCAGCUAUUCUUGAAGCAAUCUUGCAGAGGAAGUUGACAGGGAAGCAUGAGGAGACUGAUGAUGAGUUGAUGGAAGAACUGCGGAUGAAGCCACUGGACGAUGUCAAGGACCAAGAGAUAGAGUCGGAUUUUGAGGAGUUGUAUAAGACUGAUGAGGAGAUUGAUCAUUUGUAUGAUGCAAAGGAUUAUGUUAUGAAGAAGAUGGUGAAGGAUGAAUACUUCAACAUGGAUAAAAAGAAGUGGGAUGAGAUGAUUAGCGAAGCUGUUCAGCAUGGGUAUUUGAAAGACACAAGAGAAUGUGAGGAAAUUCUUGAGGAUAUGCUUAGCUGGGACAAACUCCUGCCAGAUGAUAUCAAGAAAAGUGUUGAGGAGAAGUUCAAUGAGCUGGGUGAUAUGUGUGAAAGAGGGGAGCUUGAACCUGAACAAGCAUACGAGCUGUUUAAGAAGUUUGAGGAUGAGAUAGUCUCUGGAUACAUGAAAAAGGUUGAAGCAGAGGGUCUUCCACAGGUUGAUUUAUCUGCAGUGCCGGACAUGAAGAAGGACAUUGAUGACCCACCAGGAGAGGGACCAAUCCUUAGAUGGCAAACACGGGUUGUCUUUCUUCCUGGUGGUGAUGCUUGGCAUCCCAAAAACAGGAAAGUAAAAAUGUCUGUUACUGUGAAAGAGCUCGGGCUUUCAAAACAUCAAUUCCGUAGGCUUAGAGAACUAGUUGGGAAAAGGUAUCAUCCAGGGAAAGAUGAGCUUACCAUCACCAGUGAGAGGUUUGAACACCGAGAAGAAAACCGAAAAGAUUGCCUUAGGACUCUCUUUUCCCUGAUUGAGGAAGCCGGGAAAGCAAACAAGAUGGUGGAGGAUGCUCGAACUUCUUAUGUGAAGGAUAGACUCAGAGCAAAUCCAGCAUUCAUGGAGAGGUUGCAUGCCAAGACAAUGAGAUCACAAGGAUCUAACUCUGUGAGUGCAUGAAAUUUUGAAUAGCAACCACAUGGAGAAAUAAACUUCCAGGUUGAGGACUUCCAAUUUCUGGAUAUUAAUUUGCAGCAGUUUCUGUUCUUGCAAAUUUAGGGGCAAAACAUCUUUCCUGUAGUGUAUGGUGGCAUCAAUAUAAAUUAUCAUAUGCUGAUGCAGCUAACCGGCUUAUGUUCUUGUGGUUGAUUAACCACAGAGAUACUUUCAUUUUUUUCGUUAACAGUGUGGAGCUUCAUAAUUCGUUCUUUACGCUAAAAGAUUCUGUGAUGUAUAUUAUUAUUCAAAAAGGAUUUUCAUUA